UCACAUUUUUCUUUCUUAAAAGGCGCUAACAUUAGCCGGGGAAACUCUUCAGAAAUCGCCUCAGGAAAUACCUAAGUUCGUUGUCGUCAUUCUAGAGGGUCAACAGUACUCUUCAGGCUCAUUAUUAUUACGUGAUGCAGUCAAGCCUCUUCAAGCCCUUGGGGUCACUAUCUAUGUUGUUGGAAUUGGAGAAAAGCUGAACAGGCAAGAACUCUACACCAUGGUACAGACCUCCCGAUACAUUAUACAGGUGCCGCGUUUUACUGAACUGUUACGCCAGAUGGAGUUCAUCGCAUAUCGCAUAGAAACGACAAUAACAGAUCCAUGUCACGAGACCCUUGAUGUGGGAUUUGUAAUCGAUGCAUCUGGCAGUGUGGGGAUGGACACGUUUUCGAGAGAGAAGAAUUUCGUAAAGCUGGUUUCCAGACGUUUUGCAGCCACAUCUCCUAACACGAGACUUGGUCUCCUGGUGUUCAGUGAUACGCCAAAGCUAUUCGUCGACUUUGCUGACUACGAAAGUAAAACGAUCGAGCAAUUUCAAGCAAAUGUGGCUCAAGCAACAUUCCAAGAUGGAAGAUCAAGAAUAGACCUGGCUUUAAGGGCAGUAUCACAAGAUUUCUUUACCAAUAGACGGAGUGGAGUUCCAAGGGUCUUAAUUCUGGUCUCGGAUGGACGUCAGUCUGAAGAUCCCGGAUAUUAUCCGUUAGCUACCGCUGUAAAACCUCUGCAGGCUCAACGGGUGAGAAUCGUAGGUGUUGGUUUUGGAGACAGUGUCGACGUUGAGAAUUUAAAAGAAAUCACUGGAAGCAAAGACCGUAUUCUUUUGGAUCAAGAGAUAAACGACAUCGAUAGACUUCAAAUGGAGCUCGUAUCAAAAGCUUGCGAAAUCUAAAACAAGGUGCUUGAAGAAGAAGCUGGAUGAGAGAGUCUGGAAGGCAAUAUUUAGAGUUUAAAUAUAAGGAGAACCUAAACUUUGUAAUCCGCCUGCUACAUGCUUUGCAUGACUUUUUUAGAAGGCUAUGUCUUAACUACAGAUGAAUAAAGGGAUUAAGUUUCCAAAGAAAA